CAAAGCUCGUCCCGAAGGAUCUAUCGCUGAAGCAUUUUUGGCAGAUGAGUGCAUGACAUUCUGUUCAAGAUAUAUUGUCGGUUUUGAGACCAAACAUAACUUGCCUUCGCAGAACGAAGAUAACGACGAGUGGGUUGGGCAUCAUGAUAUUGCACAUGGAUCAAGAUUAUUUCCACAUUCUGGCAAUCCACUUGGAAAGCCUAGGAAUUAUGUACUGAGCGGUGUGGCAAAAGUACAGGCACAUAGAUAUGUCUUGUUCAAUUGCUCUGAUGUGAAUUCAUACCUUAGGGCUCAUGCUGAUGAGAUCACUAAUGGACGCAAUUUAAACCCUGAUGUUGUCGAGAGGAUUCAAAAUGAUAAGUUCCACGAAUGGUUCCAAGCUCAUAUAAAGAAAUUGGAGAAGGAAAAGGCAUCCACAACAUUGAAAAGGAUAUUAGAUUGCUCGCCCGGGGCCCAGUUAAUGCAGCCAAAAGAUAUUGCGCUUUCAACUCCCGAGGCUACCAUUUUAGGCCUAAAUGCUUGGAUAAAGAGACACAAAAUAGUGGAGUCAUGGUAACUGCAAAAACUUCUAGUUAUGCUUCAGCACAUGAUGCCAAUCCUGUUUUACGUGAUGUGACAUACUACGGGAGGGUAAUUGAUAUUGUCGAGCUAAACUACUCUGGACAGUUUUCAGUGGUGUUGUUUAAAUGUGAAUGGGUUAAUGUGUUCUCAGAAACAGGAAUGAAAAAAGACAAGUACGGUUACACACUUGUCAACUUCU